CAGCCUUAUCAAGACAAGGGUAGAGCAGUCGAGCGUGAACUUACAUCGCGUUCGCCUCGCGUCUUCUCGUCUCACCUCAUGAGUGGUCGGAUUCGAACUGAUUGUUUUUUCAUCACAAGCCGCGAGAGCGAGCAGCAAAUUAAAGGACACCCAUGUCACAAAAGUGCAAUAACUUCAACACUCGACUCAGGCCGAACCAAACCGAGGCGAGGCAAGCGGGUAGCACUCGUCUCGGUAAACGUCUCGCCGAGAUAUUUGGCCAGAGUAUACUACUGGCUUUAUAGCUUUCUAUUGCACACCCAUGCUUUCAGAUAUCGAUUCAAACACAUCGAGCCCUCUGCAUCCAACGCUGCUAAAAACUCGGAGAAACAGAUGACAAGUAUUGAAAGAGUACACUUUUCCAUACAAGCACAACAGCGAGCUAUAAAGUAUGUCCAGGAAAUAGAAAAUACACAUACUACGUAUCUUUUCUUAUGCAUUGGUAUAGUGAUUUGCGGCUUUAGUGUUACAUUAGUACAGUUGACCACUAUGGAGGUUAACAUGGACUUUUACAAAGUCCUCAGCUUUUUGAUCGCGCAGUUAAUGCAUCUAUUUUACCUAACGAUCCAAGGCCAGUUCGUGGAAAAUGUUUGUGAUACACUUUACAGAAACAUAUACGAAGGAUUGUGGUAUAACACAAACGCGAAAACACAAUUACUAUACGUUUUAGCGUUACGGAGGAUGUUAAUACCACCUCGUUUGACAGCCGGCGGACUCAUAAAUAUGAAUAUGGAAAGCUUUUCAGAAGUAAAAUGUGAUACUACCUGUACAAAAUGGAUUGUGUUUUCGUAAUA